AUGGCGAGGAGGCUGGUGGCUACCCAAGCUGGAGGCUACCCAAGUAGGCUGGAGGCUGGAGGCUACCCAAGUAGGCUGGAGGCUGGAGGCUACCCAAGUAGGCUGGAGGCUGGAGGCUACCCAAGUAGGCUGGAGGCUGGAGGCUACCCAAGUAGGCUGGAGGCUGGAGGCUACCCAAGUAGGCUGGAGGCUGGAGGCUACCCAAGUAGGCUGGAGGCUGGAGGCUACCCAAGUAGGCUGGAGGCUGGAGGCUACCCAAGUAGGCUGGAGGCUACCCAAGUAGGCUGGAGGCUGGAGGCUACCCAAGUAGGCUGGAGGCUGGAGGCUACCCAAGUAGGCUGGAGGCUGGAGGCUACCCAAGUAGGCUGGAGGCUGGAGGCUACCCAAGUAGGCUGGAGGCUGGAGGCUACUCAAGUAGCCAGUAAAUUGGAGGCUACCCAAGUAAGCUAG